AACAAGUACAUAGACAACUAACUACUCCCAGUCACCAUGCAAGCUACUGUGCACUGAAUAUUACAUGAACUCUUUGCUCUUUAUUAGGCAGGUUGUUGCAAGAAGCCUCCUUUAAAUUAUUUGGAAUUUGGUUGCCCAAAAUGCCAAUGCUGCAGUGCAGUGGCGAGGCCAGUGACACAGCGAGAGUGACAAGUGGUGGCGAGGCGAGGAGGCAGCUCGCGGCGCCGGUCAUGGCCGACGCGAACAGGCGCAUCGACCUCGCCGCGCCGCUCGUCUCCGUGCGGCGCCAUGGCGGUGGCGCCGCCGGCGAGGCGGCGACGCGGACGGAUGGCACGCGGCCCGGUCAUCCCAAGAGCGUCCGCACCCGGCGCGCGACGAUGGUGCACGCCACGGCGAGGGACGAGGAGCCCGCGCGCGACGCCAUGGCGGUGGUCGCCGUCGCCGCGCCGGUGCGGGAGCGGGAUCAGGAGGCGCGGUUCUCCGACGCGCUCUCCGUGGCGGACAGCUGCCUCACCGUGAACUGCAGCAGCGCCAGCGGCCUCAGCGACGCCGUCGCCCAGCCUCCGCGCGGCGUCGGCGUCGGCGGCGGCGUCAUGAUGGACCGCUUCCUGCCGGCGGCGCACGCCGUGGCUGUCCUCUCGCCGCAAUGCAGCUCCCGGAAGGCCAGCGUCGCCGCGGCGGCCGCGCGCAACGGCCACGGCGCCGACGCGUUGCUGCCUCCUCCCGAGCCAACGCCGACGAUUCGAACACUGUGCAUCGUUCCGAGGGAGAAGACCGACGACGCCGACGCCGCCGUCGACGACAACGGCGGCGGCGGCGAGUGGGACGCGCACAGUACGCGGGGCGUCUCGUCGAGGAGGUGCGGGCUGCUUCUUCCCACGCGGUGCAUGAAGAGCACCUUGCUCCUCCUCAACCCAGCGCCCGCCAUGAGACGCCGCGGCGGUGGCCGGCGGCGAGACCGCGGCGCGCCCCUCCUCUCCAAGAUCGGCAGGAGCCAAAGCUUGGGGAACCCACUCGUCCGGAGCGCGCACGACACGGGCAUCAUGCGAUCCUGGGAGGAAGUGUAUAUCAACUCCCUCCGGCGAUCAGGCCGCGGCGGCCGGAAGGGUAUCGGCGCGUUGCUGUCGCCGGAGCUGGACACGACAAUGCCGUCGGUGCGCGAGCUUUACCUGGAACAAGGAGACGGCGCCGUCCACCCCAAGGCUACCCACCUCGGCUUCCUCCUGGUGUUAGACAGAAGCCACGACCAAUGCCACGACAGCCACGACGAUCCCAAGCUGCUGCCGCCUCCUCGCUUCCCAAGGCCGGCGCCGCCCAAGGUGUUCGACGGCGGGAAGAAACAAAGGCGCGACGCCGCCGGCGCCGGCGGAGGCGGCGGCGGCGGCGGCUACGGGUGGCCGCUGCUAUUGGAGGACAAGGCCGCGGCGAGCCGUGACAUGGUGCCUCCGCUCCCGCCGCUGCCGUCGAUGAAGUCGCCGUCGGAGUCCUGGCUCUCGCGGGCGCUGCCGUCCGUGUCGAGCAACCCUCCGGCGACCUCCUUCCUCGGCAUCCACGUGCAGCACAAGAAGCAGUCUCCACCUCCAAGGUGUUCGUCCCGAGCUCCGGCCAAGCUCGUGGCCGACGGCCAUGCCAGGCCACGGCAAAUGCGAAUACAUGAUCUACAGAAAUCAUAGCGUAAUACUUCUAUUAGGAGUAGCAUUUUACUGUACUUUUUAUGUCCUGGUAAUUGCAUUGUCAGUGCUAACUUGUAAUUGUAUUGAUUGUGUCCAGAUUGUUUAGGUUCACAGGAAAUUAAUUGAAGCUUGGUCCAUUGGAUUCUGAGACAUGACCACUGAGACGACUGGGCCAAUGGUUGCUCAUACACGCUACUACUACUAAUCUACAAUUAAAGUGUUGCAAGUGUGCUGUUCUUGCAGCUCCAUUCGUGUUGUAUUUGUAUAUACUAGUUCAAGGGGAAAUGCCUGUGAUUGUGAAUUAAUCAUGCAUGCACAAUGUCGAAUUACUGCAGUUCGCCUACCUGAUUAAUUUAAUACAGUCACCUGAAUUUAGUUA